AUGGCCUGGCGAGGCGCUUUUCGGUCCUUCUUUAGCCGUGCCCGGGCUCGAUAUAUGCGAAGCUCAGCUGAGCUAUUGGACGAGACGCGCUACAACGUCGUGGACCUCGUCAAGUUCAGCUGCACGCUCUACUGCUUGCACGAGUAUGUGGCCGACGUGACAGCCCUGGCUGGGCCGUCCAUGCUCCCCACCUUCAAUGAGGCGGGGGACAUCGUCGUGGUCGACUGCCUGCACGUGAAGCUCGGAAGACCCCUCCAAAAAGGCGACAUCGUCAUCGCCCGCUCGCCCUCGAACCCGUCGAACACGGUCUGCAAGCGCGUCCUCGGCCUCCCUGGCGACCGUAUCCUGAUACAGCCACAGUAUUGGUACCAGCAAGAACAGGUCUUGCAAGUCCCGCCGGGGAUGCUCUGGCUCGAGGGCGACAACCCCUUCAACUCCACCGACUCCCGCACCUACGGUCCCGUGCCCAUGGCCCUGGUCAAAGGCCUCGUCGCCUUCAAGCUGUACCCGCUCCAUGAGUUCGGGCCUCUCCCACGGACAUUCCGGAGGCCGGGGGCGCGCUAUCCUAAGCUUGAUAGGGAGACGGGGAUCCGAAAAUAG